GUUUUGUAUGGACUACCCCACCAAAAUUGACAUCAGAGAUAAUCGAAUAUGAAAUCUUGAGAGGAGCAUACUCCAAGACCCAAACCAACUCAAUUGGGUUAUUUUUUUAAUUAUAUUAAAUUGCCAAAACAAUUUAUAAUUAGAGAUAUUACGUAUGAAAUACAUAUAAAUCUAAAAGUAAAACUACAAAAACAUAAAUAUUAUGAGUACAUGGAUACUUUCCAAAUCAAAAGGCAAGUCACAUUCAUUUUCAUAUUCUAAAAUUAUAUAUAAGUGGCUCCCCUAAACAUAAUACAUCCUUCUUCCUCCACCAUUUUCAAACCCCUCAAACCCAUCACAAGUUCAAAUCCAUAGCAACAAAAUUCCAAACUCCACCACCAUUUACCUAUCUUAUGCCAUGCACAAAAUAACAUACACAUCAACAUAACACAUUAAACGCACCGUUUCAAGCAUUUCAGAAAUUACCAAAAUGGGCACCGUUAAAAAACUCAUAGUAGAAGUAAUAGACGCACAAAACCUUGCACCAAAGGACGGUCACGGUACUUCAAGUCCUUAUAUUGUAAUUGACUUUUACGGUCAAAGAAGAAAAACCCGAACCGCGGUUCGUGAUCUGAACCCGGUUUGGAACGAAACGCUGUCGUUUAACGUUGGCGAACAUAACGAAAUUUUUGGCGAUGUUUUAGAACUCGAUGUUUACCAUGAUAUGAAAUAUGGUCCAACUCGGAGAGAAAACUCACUGGGUCGAGUACGACUCAGUUCAACUCAGUUUGUUAAAAAAGGUGAAGAAGCUUUGAUUUAUUAUGAGUUGAAGAAGAAAAGUUUGUUCAAUAUGGUUCAAGGAAAAAUUGGCCUCAAAAUUUAUUACGUUGAUGAAGAAAUUUCUCCGGCACCGGUGCCGGAAAAUUCAGCACCGCCGCCGGAGAAGAUAGAGGAAGCAAAGAUCAAGGAAGCAGAAGAAACUAAAUCAGCAACUGAGCCGGGAAAAGUAGAACCACCGCCGGCAACGCCGUCUGAACCACCGCCGGAAGGUGAAAAGCCACAAGAAAAUCCAUCGGCGAAAGACAAAAAAGAAGCUACACCACUACCCGUACCUGAACCCGAACCUAAGACCGAACCAGAAUCUGAACCGGUUCAAGAAGGAGUUGAAAAUCCAGUGGAUGCGUUACCACCAGAAGCAUUUGAAAUGGCAGCAGCAUCUAUUUCAAGGUCAAAUUCAGAAAUAAGAUUCAGCGGAAUCAACGGUCCACAUCCACAGCCAAUGAGAAGAUCAGCAUCAACUGCUAGUUUUACAUCAGAAGCUUCAUUUGACAGUAUGUUGAUCGAACGGUCAACAUUCGAUCUCGUUGAGAAGAUGCACUACCUCUUCGUUCGCGUGGUGAAAGCGCGCUACUUACCAACAAACGGUAGCCCGAUUGUGAAGAUUUCGGUUUCGGGUCACAAUGUUAAUUCCAAUCCCGCUCGCAAAACAACAUUGUUCGAAUGGAACCAAACAUUUGCUUUCACCCGCGACGCACAAGAUUCUUCCCCUAUACUUGAAAUCAUUGUGUGGGAUUCACCGGAACCUCGUUUACUCGGUGGAGUUUGUUUUGAUGUAAACGAGAUUCCAGUGCGAGACCCACCGGAUAGUCCUCUUGCACCACAAUGGUAUAGAAUGGAAGGUGGUGGGGCCCAACAUGGUGACUUAAUGAUUGCCACGUGGAUUGGUACGCAAGCUGACGAAUCAUUUUCUGACGCGUGGAAAAGUGAUACUUACAAUCACAUACAUUCAAAAGCCAAAGUGUAUCAAUCACCAAAACUUUGGUACCUACGUGUAACUAUUCUUGAAGCUCAAGAUAUAACUCCGUUAACACCGUUAAAAGAAGCAUGGUUUCAAUUUCAACUUAGAGUUCAAUUCGGAUUUCAAGUGUUUAAAACAAAAACGGCCGUUACGAAAAACGGUGUCGUUUCAUGGAAUGAAGAUCUUCUCUUUGUAGCAUCAGAGCCAAUAACUGUAAGUGACUACAUUGUUUUCAAUUUAGAAAAUCGACAACCGAAAGCGCCGGUGACAAUGGGCGUUGUGAAAAUACCUUUAGCGACGGUUGAGAGAAGAGUUGAUGAUCGAAACGUCGGGUCACGAUGGUUCACAUUUGAAGAUCCCAAAGAAGAAAAGAAUAACGGUUACAAAGGGAGAGUACACUUACGGUUAUGUUUCGAUGGAGGGUAUCACGUGAUGGAUGAAGCUGCUCACGUGACAAGUGAUUACCGGCCAACGGCUAGACAACUUUGGAAACCACCGGUUGGAACUAUCGAGCUUGGUAUCAUUGGUUGCAAAAAUUUGAUACCGAUGAAAACGGUAAAUGGUAAAAGUUCAACUGAUGGUUACUGUGUUGCGAAGUACGGUAACAAAUGGGUACGUACGAGAACAGUUUCCGAUAAUUUGGAACCGAAGUGGAAUGAACAAUACACGUGGAAAGUUUUCGAUCCUUCAACUGUUUUAACCAUUGGAGUUUUCGAUAGUUUUUCAGUUUUCGAAUUGGAUAAUUCGAACAGUGAAAUAACUAACGAAUCAAUGAGACCUGAUUUUCGUAUUGGUAAAGUACGGAUACGUAUUUCUACUCUUCAAACGGGGCGUGUGUAUAAAAAUACGUAUCCACUUUUGGUUUUGACACAUGGUGGUUUAAAAAGGAUGGGUGAGAUUGAAUUAGCAAUAAGAUUUGUUAGGACGGUUCAACGGUUAGAUUUCCUCCACGUGUACUCUCAACCGAUGUUGCCUUUGAUGCACCAUAUAAAACCUUUGGGUUUGGUUCAUCAAGAGGUUUUAAGAAACACGGCGGUGAAAAUGGUUGCGGGGCAUCUUUCGAGAUCAGAACCUCCGUUGAGGAAAGAUAUUGUAUUUUAUAUGCUUGAUGCUGAUUCGCAUAAUUUUAGUGUGAGGAAGGUGCGUGCGAAUUGGUAUAGGAUAAUUAAUGUGGUUGCAGGCUUGAUCGAGAUCGUGAGGUGGAUAGAGGAUACACGUGGAUGGAAGAAUCCAACCGCUACGCUUCUUGUUCAUGCUUUACUUGUUAUGUUGGUUUGGUUCCCCGACUUGAUUAUUCCCACAUUAGCUUUUUAUGUCUUUGCUAUUGGCGCGUGGAACUAUAGGUUUCGUGCGCGUGAUCCUCUUCCACAUUUUGAUCCGAAGAUUUCUCUUGCUGAUGUGGUGGAUAGGGAGGAGUUGGACGAGGAGUUUGAUACCAUUCCGAGUAGUCGGUCAUAUGAAGCUGUGCGUGCAAGGUAUGAUAAGUUGCGUACGCUUGGGGCACGCGUGCAGAUUGUGUUAGGGGACUUGGCAACACAAGGGGAACGCAUGCAGGCAUUGGUGACAUGGCGUGAUCCACACGCGACUGGAAUUUUUGUUAUCUUGUGUUUGGUUGUGGCAUUUAUAUUGUAUUUGGUGCCUUCGAAGAUGGUGGCUAUGGCUUGUGGAUUCUAUUAUCUUCGCCACCCUAUCUUUCGUGAUCGAUUACCGUCACCGGUGCUGAAUUUCUUUAGAAGACUCCCUUCAUUGUCAGAUCGAAUUAUGUAGAUUUGGUUUUCAAUUUGGCAGAGUAAGAAACUAAGUUAAUGUGAGAGAAUUUGAGAGUCUUGUAAAAUAGAUAUCAUAUUGUAGUAUAGAUAGAUUAAAGGAGAUUUGGUUGAAUAUGUGUCAGCCACUUUUAACUAUUUUUAAAAAUGUAAUGUUAAUGUUAUUAAUAUAGAUUGUCAUAAGAGAA